AUGUGCGCGACUUGUUUGGCGUGUGGUGGUCUGCGCGGCGAACGGGUUCGCGUGUUUCUGGAGCCAAGCUGCUGCCUCGAUACGUGCGUGCGCGGGCGCACAGACGUUGCGCGGGUUGCAGCAGCGGGCAUUAUAGGGGCUCGCGUCACCCCUUUCUCCGGCAUAUUUUUCGUUUCCCCCCUCCUUGCCUUGCCUUUUACGACCGCCCCGGCCGUCCUCAGCUCCCAACACGGUCUAGCGGCCCCCAGCGCUUCCCCUCGGGUCCCCUUGAUCUCCCAACCCUGCCCUCGGUCCCUCGUCCGCAUCCCCCGGGAGCCCUCUGCGUCCUUCGCCCCCUCCGCCUGCCGCUCUUCGCCCUUCCACCACCGCGCUCGCGGAGUCGUCCUUGCAGCCGCUCUCCACGUUCUCGCCGUCCAGAUCUCAUCUCAGUCCGAGACGGAACGUGUCGCGGAGAUCGCGGGACCCGGAAUCUGA